UGAUAUUGAAACAUGCCGCAGCAACCUCGGCUCUGGUCUCGGCAUGUUUGCUUAGUCCGGUGACGUUGUCGACAACGCCUGCUCAUUGUUCGUUAUCAUUCAUAUAUAUGUACUAGUACUAGUUCACAUCUUCUCGCAUGAUUCGAUACCAGCCAGAGGAUCCUUUCGAGUCUCGACGAUGCGCCUGCAUAGCGUCGCCUAGCUAGAUUUCGCAAUUGAUGUUCCACUGUCUGCCCUCUCGGUCUGGCUAUUAACCCACCACCGUUAUAUUCCACCUGCACUCGACAAGACUAUCUUCACUUCCUACGACCAUCAUAAUCACGACUAAUCCAUACUCACCAUGCUCAUCAUCGGCCUCACUGGCUCCAUCGCCACCGGCAAAUCCACCGUCUCUUCCCUCCUCUCUUCCCCGCCAUACAACAUCCCCAUUAUCGACGCCGAUGUUCUCGCACGCAAAGUCGUCGAGCCCGGCACCGCAGGCUACAAAGCUAUAGUCAACUAUUUCGGCCCUAGCACCCCGGAUCUCCUCUUACCUGCAGACCCGCAGACAGGACAGCGCGCGCUGAACCGGCCCGCGCUGGGGAGGCGUGUGUUUGGCGAUAGCGAAGAACGAAAGCGCGACAGAACGAUACUCAACAAGGUCGUGCACCCAGCCGUGCGCUGGGAGGUUUAUAAGUCGCUUUUGUAUUACUAUUUAAGAGGCCAGUGGGCGGUGGUGUUGGAUGUGCCGUUGCUGUUUGAGUCUGGCAUGGAUGUUAUCUGUGGCACGGUGGUGGUGGUUGCUGUCAAUGAUCCGGCAGUGCAGAUGUCAAGGUUACGCGCGCGCGAUCCGCAUCUGACGGCUGAGGAUGCAGAGAAUCGCGUAAGGAGUCAGGGCGACGUGCGUGAGAAGGUCAAGAAGGCGCUUUACAGGAACAGAGCGUCGGAGGAUACCGACAAGGGCUCGAGAGGUGUCGUUGUCUGGAAUGAUGGCGACAAGGCGGACCUGGCCAAGGAGGUCGACAAGGCGAUUCUUACUAUCAGAAAUUACAGUCCUAGGUGGUGGUCGUGGUUGUUAUUGAUGGCGCCGCCCGUCGGCGUGGCUGCGGCAGUGUGGAAUAUGGCGGUGAAUUUUGGCUUACAGAGGAGCUGGGAUCAAAAGGCUAAAAAGGACAGGGCCAAGUUAUAAAUAUUAAUCAUCAUGGGAUAAGAAGACCUCAUGUCGUUAUUGAAUGUAAAUAGGUUGAUCGAUACUAGCGGAGUGUGCAUAGAUGAUAAU